AUAAAAAAUAACAAGUUAUUAUUAUAAAAUAGGCUCUGCCUAUAAAAUAGCGAGGAUUGACUCUUUCUCCAGAAAAGUCUCGCCGUCUCUUUUCUUCAACAAAAUGCCUCGCCGAAGCUCUGGAAGGUCUGCUUCUCGCCCAGCCCCUCGUCCUGCUCCUGCACGCAGCCUGCCACCUCAAUCAGCAGCUCAACAUGCUCCUCCUCCGGCUCCUGCUCAGAGUGGAAGUGGUGGAUUGCUGGGAGGCAUAGGCUCUACCAUAGCACAGGGUAUGGCUUUUGGCGCUGGAAGCGCUGUGGCUCACAGGGCUGUUGAUGCUGUUUUGGGUCCUCGUACUAUACAACAUGAAACUGUGGUUUCUGAGGCUGCGGCUGCCCCUUCACUGGCCGCCGCCACCAGUAGUUUUGCUGGCUCUGAUGCAUGCAGCAACCACUCCAAGGCAUUCCAGGAUUGCCUGAACAGCUAUGGAAAUGAAAUCAGCAAGUGUCAGUUCUACAUGGAUACGUUGUCUGAGUGCAGGAAAAACUCAGGAUCCAUGUUGGGUGCCUAAGCUUAUUCCCUAUUCAUUGCUGUGCAACGGAAUGUCAGCUUUUGGACUUCCACUUUUAUUUAUAUUCAUUUCUUUUCUGUUGAUGAUUAUGAAGCUGAACUCCGAUAAUGGUUCAAUAAUCUCUAUGAAUACUCGAUCUAAGUGAUAUUAUUUUCAAUGAUUGGACCUUGAUAUUGUUAUAGUUAUUGAAUCUCGAUUAGUAUCCCUUCAUUUA